AUGGAAAAGCAAAUAGAGUAUCUAUUAGACAGACAACUGAUCCGCCCAUCCACCUCUCCCUACGGCGCACCGGUUCUCUUCACUCCAAAGCCAGACGGUAGUUUACGGAUGUGCAUCAACUACCGCGCACUGAACAAACAGACAGUCAAGAACAAAUACCCCAUACCGCACAUAGACGAUCUUCUCAAUCAACUGCAUGGUGCAACAGUAUAUUCGAAGCUGGACCUACGGUCGGGUUACUGGCAGAUCAAGAUGGCAGACAACUCGAUCCACAAGACGGCGUUCCGUACCAGAUACGGCUCCUACGAAUACUUAGUGAUGCCGUUCGGACUCUGCAACGCACCGGCGACGUUCCAGGCGGAGAUGAACCACAUCCUACGGCCCCUGCUGGACGAGUGCGUAGUAGUGUACCUGGACGACAUUCUCAUCUACUCCAAGAACAUGAAGGAGCAAGUGGAGAAUCUGCGGGAAGUCUUUGAGAUCCUGCCGAAAAACAAGUUUUACGUGAAGCUGUCGAAGAGCGACUUCGCACUAAAGAAGGUGCAGUUUCUCGGGCACAUGGUGAGUGCGGAGGGCAUACACGUGGACUCGCGGAAGAUCAAAGACGUUAAAAAGUGGAAAGUACCGGAGAACAUGAAGGAGUUACAGCACUUCAUAGGCUUCGCCAACUACUACUACAGAUUCGUGCCGCAAUACGCUAAGAUAGCAGCGCCACUGACCAACCUACUGAAAAAGGAUACGCCCUACAAAUGGGAUACUCCUCAACAGCAAGCCAUGGAGCAGCUACAGACAGCACUGACCACAGCGCCAGUACUCAUCCUACCGGAUCCAAACAUAGAUGACGUGGUGUAA